CUGAUGUGGCUUCGCUUAACAGGAUUGGUAAAUAGAGUGGCAUGCACAGUAAGGCUGCGGGGUUGACACCAGUGUAGGAACAGUCUGUGUCUUCCCGCGCCGCCGUCAUGGUGAGCUCCGUAAGGGUGUUCAAGAAAACCUCAGCUAAUGGCAAGGUCACCGCGUACUUGAGUCGGCGGGACUUCGUGGAUCACAUCAGCCACACCUCGCCAGUGGACGGCGUGGUGGUGGUGGACAAGGAAUACCUCAAGGACAGGAAGGUGUUUGCCCGCGUGACGGUUACGUACCGUUAUGGACGGGAGGAGGAUGAAGUGAUUGGACAGCAUUUCAGCAAGGAACUGGAGCUAGUGAAAAGCGAGGUGGUGGCGGCAAAGCAGGAGGUCUCAGAUGUUGUGGAGUGUGUUAUGAGCAAGCUGGGCGAUGAUGCGCGGCCCUUUUGUAUCCAACUGCCUGCCCACGCUCCGGCCUCUGUUACCUUGGAUCCUGAGCAUGAGAGCUCAAGCAGGAAGCUCGGCGUAACGUACGAGCUGGCACUGUAUGUGGCUGAGCACCCCGAGGAAUCCCCGUUGAGGCGUGCAGCCGUCAUUUUCCCUGUGCGCAAAGUGCAGUUCUCCCCGGCCAAGUCCCUCGCUCAGCCACCUGUAGCGUGUGUGACCAGAACAUUCACUCUCCCCACAGGCAAGAUCACGCUAGAAUUGCAGCUUCAGCAAGACUUGUGUUUCCACGGUCAGCCGAUGGAGGCUCAGGUUAAAAUUGACAACACCGCGAAGAAGACAGUGAAGAGCCUGGGGAUGCAGGUGGUGCAGCAUGUCGAGGUCACCAUGACCAACACUAGCUUCAGCUCCGUGGUGGCUUCCAUAGAGACCUACGAAGGGUGUCCUGUGAUCCCAAACUCUCGCUUCUCCAAGACCAUCGUGCUCACGCCACUGCCAUUAAGGGCCCAUGGCGUCGCCCUCGAGGGUAACUCACAGGACGAGGACGCCAGUCUGGCCUCCUCCACCAUGAUGUCUGCUGCCGCUGCCCUCAGUGACAUCCUGGGCAUUAUUGUAUCCUACGCCCUUCGAGUGAAGCUCAACUGCGGUUCCCUUGGUGGAGACUUGAGCAUCGAGCUACCCUUCAAGCUGAUGCAUGGUGAAUCUACCACUACCAAAGCGUUAUUGCAGAGGUCCCAGUCAGCUGUUGAUUACAAUCUGGUGAUCGAGGAGUACAGCGCCAUGCGUCGCGGUAAGUCCCUCACCGACGAGUUGGAGGAGUAACACGGCUCAUGCCAUCCAACCAGGCUCUCCACACUGUCCUCGUAGGCCCACCAGUUACUGCAGCUGUGGAAAUGUGCCUACGCAUGAGUUGUAAGCAGUGGCAUGGUAGAAAGGGUGCCAUCACUAAGGCCGUUUUAAUUAUAUUUUUUGAGCGGACUUAGUCACCAGGUCACAAGUACGAAGACAAACUGGGAGUGCCAACGUCAUCGUCACCGUCUCAAGUCUGCCGUCAGCUUCAUUGCAACGUCUCAUCCCUGCCCGUGAGAGAUACCGAUCCUCAAAUGCGCGUCAAAGAAGCAUGCACAUGAGGGUAACGUACUGCUAAUCUUCACUAUGACUUUCACUGCCUCGCACUAAGCUGUCUUAGCCACGUUAUGAAAGAGCGCUAUUUAUGUUUUUUUUUUUUUCUUGAUCAUAUUUCCAGUUGUUUCCUCAUUUCAUGGCGCUUUUCCUCUGUCUUUUUUUUUAUUUUAAGGUAUUUGCUUGUGAAACUAGAUAUGCAACAUGGUGUUUUUCUUCUUAUCUUCACAUCUCCCAUCCACAGUUACUUAGUAUUUACGUCACUAUAGGUACACUUGGCCAUGUCUAAUUAUAUUAUGUUAACAUUCUCUUUCUUAAAACAAUAAAACAAGAUUUGC